AUGUCACCAAUAUCACCGUCGCAGUUUGUAUCUCGCCAGGAUCAGCCCAUCGUUAUUGACGAUAAUGACGAAGACGACAAUGGUGUAGCCUCGACGUCUGUCAGGCAUCCGCCAGCACAGUCCCCUACUACGUCUCUGCGAGGUAUCACCCCCGCGAUGUCGGUAGCAACCACGUCAACAAGUAGCAUCAAUCCAGCUGACGAACGCAAUAGUGCAUCCGGUCCGCCAUCUUCGCUCGAUCGCUACCGCACUGGCUACGUGUAUUCAGCCGACAUGAUGCUGCAUGUCAAUCCGAUCGAUCCCGAUCAUCCCGAGCGGCCCCUUCGAAUCUUUAAGAUCUUUAUGAAGUUCAAGGAGAGCAACCUAUUCGCUCGAAUGAAACGAGUCCCGAUCCGAGAGGUUGCGGAAGAAGAAGUCAAGCUUGUUCACGAUCAUGGAAUCUGGGAAGGAGUACAGCGAUUGGCUUUCUACCAUCCUGAUGUACUCAAGGAGCAGGUCCAAUUGCUCGAGACGAAUAGCUCCUUGUACAUCAACGAGCAUUCCGCGUAUGCAGCGAGGCUUUCUUGCGGCGGAGCAAUUGAGCUCGUAAAUGCCGUUGCAGCUGGUCAGAUCCAGAACGGAUUUGCCAUCGUCAGGCCACCAGGACACCACGCAGAACCGCAGAAAAGUAUGGGCUUCUGCUUCUUUAACAACGUGGCAGUAGCGACUCGGGUUGUGCUGCGGCGACACGCACACAUUAAGAAGGUUCUUAUCCUGGAUUGGGACGUGCAUCACGGCAACGGCACACAGCGGGCUUUCGAGUACGACGAUAACGUGCUUUACAUCUCCUUACACCGAUACGAUGAGGAUGGAAGUUUUUACCCUGGCAGCACCUACGGAAAUUUCGAUAGCGCCGGGACGGGGCCUGGAGAGGGCAGGUCGGUCAACAUACCAUGGCUUAGUCAAGGCAUGGGCGAUGCCGACUACCUGUAUGCGUUCAAUCAUCUCGUGAUGCCGAUCGCGCACGAGUUUCAACCGGACCUUGUCAUCAUUUCGGCUGGUUUUGAUGCAGCUGAUGGCGACCCGAUUGGUCUCAACCGUGUUUCACCGGGAGGAUUUGCGCAGAUGACGCACCUCCUCACAUCACUCUCUCAGGGAAAAGUAGCGGUGGUUCUUGAGGGUGGUUACAAUCCCGAGGCUGUCGCCAGCAGCGCUUUAGCGGUGGUCGACGUCCUGUUGUCACGCAAUACGGCCGAGCCACUCGAGACAGUCGCCAGUACGUCGGCGGCUGCCACCGUUCACUGUGUACGUCGGUUUCACCAAAAGUGGUGGAAAUCUCUUCGCUCGUCGCCGUUGGAAGCCGACGAGGCGGAUAUCGCAGUUGCACCUAUUGAUGUGGGCCGGAUCCUUGCGGCGUUUCGCACUGAAACGGUUGCUCAACAGUACGACCUGCUCGAAGUGCCUCUUCAACACACGCCUCACAGCCGGUUCGGAGGGCAAGUGUUGGUGUCGGAUCGUAUCUUGGACAAGUUCUCGACUAUCCUGUUUUUCGUGCACGAUAUGGGUAACUGGCGUUCAGAGCGGCCACAACCGUCGAUGAGGGCGGAGCAGAUGGCUUUGCAACUGGUGGAUGCUUCGCGUGGUAUCAUGGACUAUGCUAGGGCGAGGGGUUUCGGUCUGGUGGAUGUCAACAUCAACAGGGAAUUCUCGACGACGAGGCUGAAGCUUCCUCCAGGCGUUCGGGAACCACCUAGGCACGAUGAGGAAGCCAGUGCCGCCGCAGCGUUUAUCUGGGACAAUGUGGUAUCGCUCGCAACGGGCCCAGUAGGACCGCCCAAGAUCGUCAUGGUAGGCUUCGGAAGUGGGUGUCGCGCCUUGACUUCGAUCAUCGAUGAGAGAAAUGUCGAGUUGUGCGUGCAUGCAAUCGUCAAUGUGGUAGGAUACGAAGACAUGCCCCACUUAGCCUUGGCAGCUGGGGUCGAAAAGAAAAAAUGGUACUAUCGCAGGACAAUGGUGCUUGCGCCUGCGGACCAUCGACAUCUGGUCGAACGAGCCGACGCGGCGCCACUCAAGAGGUUCGGCAGGAUCACCCCAGUCCAUGACACCGCUGCCAUCAACAUCCUCGCCCAUAAGACCGCCGAUAUCCAGACCUUUAUCGAUAAAAAACUCCAAGUCGCAAAAAAGUCUACCAGCACAACCCUCUGA